CGUAAUUCAAUUUUACAUUAAUUAUUUCAAUCGACCAUCAAAAAUUCCUGGGCCACUUCCUAUACCAAUUUUCGGAAAUUUACUUCAACUUGGAGAUUUUCCAGCUGCAACAAAAACUUUUCAUGAAAAAUAUGGUGAUUUAUACGAAUUUUAUAUGGGAAGCAUACGCAUUGUUAUGAUUAGUAGACCUGAUUUAGUUGAAAAGGUUUGGGGGGCUACAUCUCUCAAAACUACAAAAUUUAUUAUGCGCAAUUCAUAUUCUGAAGGUAUUGAUGAACUUGGUUUAGGUACCAAAGGAAUGGUACUAAAUCGUAAUAUUGAAGUUUGGGCUAUUAAUAGAAAAUUUAUGAAUGUUAUUUCUACACCGGCAUUUUUACGUGAAUCAAUAAAGUUAUCAAGUAAAACUAUUGAUGAAAUAUUUGGAUAUUGGAAAAUCAUGGAAAAAAAUGGAUUGAAAAUUGACUUUUCUAAGUGGUCAGAUGCACUAGGCGCAGAUAUUGUUGGGACGACUACAAUAGGAAAAAGAAUGACUUCAGCAGCUGAAUUAUUUAAUGAAUUAAAUAUUGUGAAUGAAGAAUCUACAAUAAAAGGAACUUGGCAAAAUAGCACAAAAUUUGUCCACGCAAUUCAUCUAUAUAAUAAAUCAAUGUCAUUUAUGAUGUUAUUUCCGAAAAAUUUCAGAAGAAUUGCCCCCGGUUUUAAGUCUUCGAACAAAACGUUUUUGGAUAAUAAAGAAUGGAUAGAUCAAGAAUUAGACAGAGUCGUUUCCGAAAAACGAAAAGAAAUUGAAAAUACGCCUUUGGAUCAACCUCUUGAGUCAAAUAUUUUAACAUUAUUACUUACGACAAAUACGGAAAGAGAUUUGGACAAAAUUUCAGCUGGUAAAUUUGACAGACCUUUAACGGAUGACGAAGCAAAGUCAAUAAUACGUGAAGUAUUUACUGGUGGAUUAGAUACUACUUCAAACACUUUAGCAUUCGUAAUUUUUUAUAUUGCUAAACACCGGAAUGUUUACUUGAAAAUGAGAGAAGAAGUACUAGAUGUUUAUGGUACACUUGAGAAUCCAGAUCUUUCGAUUGAAUCUUAUGGAAAACUCAAGUAUAUAGAAGCUGUAAUCAAUGAAACUAUUCGCAUUUUUCCUACAGUAUUUGCGAUGCCUCGUGCCUCAACUGAAGAUGUUGAAUUUGAUGGAUUCACGAUUAAGGCUGAUACAACAGUUUAUACUGAUUACAGAGCUAUUAGUAAUGAUCCUAAAUACUUUAAAAACCCAGAAAUUUUUAAUCCUGAUAGAUUCUUAAAUGACAAAGAAUCAAUUAUUAGAUACACUUAUUUGCCUUUUGGGAAUGGUGUACGUGCGUGUCCUGGUCGAGCCUGGGCCAUGGCUCAAAUGAAAACUUUUUUGGUCAAACUUGUUUCUAGUGGUGUGGACAUAUUUGUGGCUCAAUUACUUUACGGCUGUGGUACUACUAUCGCAACCCGUUGUAGUACAAGUGAUGUAUUGUCGUAA